UUAAUCACCUUAAAAAGAAUUUUGGAACCUCUUUAAAUUAAUGCAAAACCACAUCUCUCAUCCUUCUGAUCUCUGAAACAGACUCAAACUCACUCACUAGGUCACUCCUCUCUUUCUCUCUCUACUCCAUGGAAGAAACCAAUGGAAGAAGAGAAACUCACGAUUUCAUGAACGUCAACGUUGAAUCCUUCUCUCAGCUUCCAUUCAUCCGCCGUACACCUCCCAAAGAAAGAGGCUCCAUUAUUCGUCUCUUCGGCCAAGAGCUCGUCGGAGAUAACUCCUCCGGUACUGCUCAACAAGAGGAGGACACUUCUGAAACCACAGCAACCAAGAUAAACGACGAGAGCUCGGAGAAUGUCAAGGACAAAGACAGCAGCAAUAACAGGAGAUUCGAGUGUCACUAUUGUUUCAGAAACUUCCCUACUUCUCAAGCCCUAGGUGGACACCAAAACGCUCACAAACGCGAACGCCAACACGCCAAACGUGGUUCUAUGCCGUCAUACCUUCAUCAGGCUGGCUCUCACCACGUCUACGGCUUCCUCAACAACCACCACCACCACCGUCACUAUCCCUCGUGGACGCCGGACGCUAGAUUCUACGGUGGUGGAGGAGGAGGAGUACAACAAACGCCGUCGUAUUACUCACGUACUCUUCCUCCUCCUCCUCCGGCUUCUUCUAACACACCGACGAUCCACGGAAGUCCUUUGAGUUUGUGGCGUGUACCGCCUUCCACGUCAGCAAAUCAUAGCGUUUACUCAGCUUCACCAGCUUUAGCGUUUAGGACGCAUGACCAGGAGAGUAAGGAGUCGCAUUGGCCUUACAGGUUGAUGAAACCUAAUGUGGAAGAUCAUGUGAGUCUCGAUCUUCAUCUUUGACACUUGCUUUUUUGGUGUCCAUCAUUUUAACUUAAGCCGUGGUGAGACCAAUGUUGGGAAAAACGACGAGGUAUUCAUGUUUUGUAAGGAGAACCGGCAUGAUGUGUAGAUCUUAAAACUUCAGAUUUUGAUUUUAUAUUAUAUAAUAAAGAAUAAUUUGUGAUUUAAGUUAGAAAAAAUGUUCAAUCAUUCAUUUCUGAGUUCUGUUAUGGCGUCAAGAUUCUAAACAUGUAGAUAUAGAGGAACAUUAAAUUAAUAGCCAUGGAA